AAUUAACAUAUUUACAAUGAUGUACUAACGAUGUACAAUCACGUACAUCAAUUAGUUUUUCCAUUUGCAACCCCUCACCAUCUACGUACAUUGGGGUGGACAUUGUUCUUCUUGAGCAGUCGAUGUAAACAAACAUUGAAGUACUUCUGCUAAUCUCCAAUUAAUUCACAAAUCGCUCAAUGUAUACGUUUAAUUAAUAAUAGUAUUAAUUAAUUAGUGGAAUUGUGAAGAGGUGUAGUUAAUUUCAACGACUGGAUUGGACUCUGACUUAGAGGUGAAAAAAUGGGGGCACCGACGAGCAAUGCGAUUGACAACCUCACACAAGCCCUGAAAUCGAAUAUUAUACCGAAUCAAGAGUACCUGCUCCAGGGUUCGGUGCUGGACAGCGCUGUGGAGAUUCUGCUCCAACGUCUUCGAGGACUUUGUGAUAACGUCGACAGCGGUCCUGAAGGCUUUCACGAUCACGAAAUGUGUUUCAGCAUCAGAAAAGGCCCACCCCCAGAGCAACCCCUGCUCCUUCGUGUUCGUCGAGCCCUGGACUGCACGGACAUGCCCUGGCAACUGAGGUACAUUGGACAGCCUGAACUGGGUGAUAAAUCUCGACCCACGAUAGUUCGCAGCAGCAUUGACAUCGGUACCAGCAACACUGUCGUCGAUUUUCUCACAGAACUGGGAUGCAGACUCGACUUUGAGUACAUCCUCCGUGGGUACAUGUUUCGUAAAGGAAGAAUGAAGAUCACAGUGUCCAAGAUCUUCAAAAUGGGACAAGGAAAAUUGCCGGAGCAGGUUGAGGCCAUUUCCCAGAGUUACCUGGUGGAACUGAGUGUUCUCGCUCCCAGUGGACAGGAUGCCAUCGCUGAGGACAUGAGGAUAUUUGCGGAGCAGCUCAAGCCUCUCGUGCAGUUGGAGAAAAUUGAUUAUAAAAGACUUGCACAUUGAAUUUAAUUUUGUAGAGAUAAUUAUCGAGUGGUUAAUGGAAAUUAAAGGAGUUGUUUUAUGAGACAA